UUCACUCCGGCCCUUAUACGUCACCGGAACAGCAUGGAGGCGAGGCUGUAGCUGUCGAAAUGAAUGGAUGGAAAAUGUGUCUUCGUGUUGACAUGGUUUUGAACUCAACGUGGCCGAGUGUUCGUGUGUAGAUACACACACGUAAGAGCCGCACGGGACUGAGCGAUGGAGUGCGACAUUUUGGACUCGCUCGAGCAGCUGGGCUACGACGGCCCUCUCCUGGAGGAGAAGGCGCUGCUCCGAGCCGCAGAGGGAGGCCUGUCCUCGGAGGACUACGUGGACCUGUGCAGGUGGCUGUCGUCCAGGCUGAAGCCGCUGUGUGACCUGGAGGAGAGCAUAACAUCCGGUCCGGACGACACGGACGGCCUCCAGGUUGAGAUGAGCGGUUUGCUGAAGGAGUUGCACUGUCCCCACGAAGAAGCCGUCGCAGGGAUUCUCAAGGGCGGCGUGCAAAACACUAAAGAUCAUCUCAAAUUCGUGUUGUUUCUCAGCUCUGAGCUUCAGACGGCUCAGAUUGUGAGGAGCAGACAAGUCUCUGAUAAACACCGAGAGGAGGAUCCAGUGUUUCGGGAGGUUCUAGCAAUCUGUGAAACCCUGAUGCUGCCGGAGCCCAGAGGAGCAGACGCAGCAGGAGUCUUUUCACAAAUACAAGACAAGGUUGAAAAAGUACUUGACGAUCUUCCGAAUGCCUCUGCUGGAGACCCAGUGCUGAAGAAACCUCUCAGCGGUGAACAGUGGGAAAAGUUGCACAACAUCAACACGACCCUGUCUUCGGAGUACGAGUGUCGGCGCAGGAUGCUGAUCAAGCGGCUGGACGUCACAGUUCAGUCGUUCGGCUGGUCAGACAGAGCCAAGGUAAAGGUGGACAGCAUGGCGAGGGCCUAUCAGCCUAAGAGACACUCCCUGAGGCCACAGUCCGACGUGGACAUGGCCAAGCUUCUGGCCGCCAGAGAAGACAUCUGCAACGUGGUGAAGACGAGCAGCGGCUCCAUCAGAGAGAAAACUGCGUGUGCUGUCAACAAGGUCCGGAUGGGGAGAGUGCCAGACCGAGGAGGACGCCCCUCAGAGAUAGACGCCCCGCCUCCUGAGAUGCCGCCCUGGCAGAAAAGACAAGAUGGCGGAGGUGGCUGGGGAGGACGAGGUGGCAGAGGAAGAGGAGGAGGAGGAAGCUGGGGACAUGGAGGGGGAGGAGGAGGAGAUGGUUGGAGAGGAGGCGGAUGGAACCAAGGAGGACAUGGUGGAUAUGGAGGGAAGAGAGGACGGUACUAGUAUUUAUUUCUUCCGAUUUUCUUUUUUUUUCUUGUGCAGUGAUCCCAUCACAUGAACUCAAUUCUAAGGAUGAAGAACACAUUUUGGUAGUUUUGGUUGCAUUCUGAUAAAACUCUUUCUUUAUUUUAUUUUACAUUUAUUUUACCUCUGAAAUCCCUGAUGUUGAAAGGGAAUUGGAUUAUUUCUUGCAUGUCUGCAAGAUUUAAAGACUAAUAUAGACAAACAAUCUCACUGGCUGAAAGAAGGCGUCAGUGUGCAGCCUGAUGACUGAACCUACUGCUGUGGAUUGGAGAGAAUGAGCGGAGGACACUGGGAUGUUCAGCUUCUGACUCAUACUGGAAUAGGAAUAACACUCUUUAUAAAUGUCAUAUAAUUUCCUCAAUGAUUUUUUAUCAGAUAGGAAACAUUGUGAUCAUGUUCAACUUGUGGAAUUUUUUUUUAAAUAAACACCAAUUGUGUAAA